AUGUAUUUGUCUCGUUGUGGCAGAUCUGCUGCUCGUUUGCUCCCUUUGGGAAGCUCUCGGGCUAUUGUCUCCGCUCGUGCUUCGAUCGCUCCUAGACUCGCCCCUCUAUCGCGGGGAGUCUCGUCCACCCGUGAUACCCAGCACAAGCUGCUCGCGGCCUCUCUGGAGGACUCCGACCCCGCAGUCUAUAGCAUCCUGCAAAAGGAGAAAAAGCGCCAAAAGCACUUCAUUAACUUGAUCCCUUCGGAGAACUUCACUUCGCAGGCUGUCCUCGAUGCUCUCGGCAGUGUUAUGCAAAACAAAUACUCCGAGGGAUACCCCGGUGCUCGUUACUAUGGCGGAAAUGAACACAUUGAUGCUUCGGAGCGCUUGUGUCAGCAGCGUGCCUUGGAGACCUUCCGUCUGAACCCGGAGGAGUGGGGAGUGAACGUUCAACCCUUGUCCGGUUCUCCCGCCAACCUCAUGGCCUACUCCGCCGUUCUCAACACACACGAUCGCCUCAUGGGCUUGGACCUUCCCCACGGCGGCCACCUGUCCCAUGGUUACCAAACCCCUACCAAGAAGAUUUCCGCCAUUUCCAAGUACUUCGAGACUCUCCCCUACCGCCUCGACGAGUCGACCGGCCUGAUUGACUACGAUGGAUUGGAGAAGCAGGCCCAACUAUACCGACCUAAGCUGAUUGUGGCUGGUACCUCGGCUUACAGCCGUCUGAUUGACUACCCGCGCAUGCGUGCGAUCGCCGACUCUGUGGGUGCCUACUUGCUGGCCGACAUGGCGCACAUCUCGGGUCUGGUUGCUGCCGACGUGCUUCCAUCUCCCUUCCCCUACUCCGAUAUCGUCACCACCACCACUCACAAGUCCCUCCGUGGCCCCCGUGGCGCCAUGAUCUUCUACCGCAAGGGUGUGCGCAGCACCGACAAGAAGGGCAACCACAUCUACUACGAUCUGGAGAACCCUAUCAACGCCUCCGUCUUCCCCGGCCACCAGGGUGGCCCUCACAACCACACCAUCACCGCGCUGGCCGUGGCCCUCAAGCAGGCCCAAUCGCCCGACUUCGUGGCCUACCAGAAGACCGUCCUGACCAACGCCUCCGCUCUGGCUGAGCGCCUCGGUGCCUCCACCAGCAACGGUGGACUUGGCUAUAACAUCGUGUCUGGCGGCACAGACAACCACCUUGUUCUUGUGGACCUGAAGAACCGCGGCGUGGAUGGUGCUCGCGUCGAGCGCGUCCUCGAGCUGUGUGGCGUUGCCAGCAACAAGAACACCGUUCCCGGUGACAAGUCUGCUCUCAAGCCCGGUGGUCUGCGUCUCGGAACUCCUGCCAUGACCUCUCGUGGCUUCCAGCCCGAGGACUUCAGCCGCGUCGCCGAUAUUGUCGACCGCGCUGUCAUUAUCACCCAGAAGCUGGACAAGCUCGCCCGUGAGUCCGCUCAGUCUCGUGGUGUCAAGAACCCCGGUACUGUUAAGGCUUUCUUGGAGUACCUCGGUGAGGGUGAGGAGAUCUCGGAGAUUGUCCUCCUCCGACAAGAGGUCGAGGACUGGGUUGGUACUUUCAGCCUGCCCUGGGCUGAGGACCAAUAG